AAUCCUGCCACUGCAACAGCAAGAGCUCUGGAUCUUUGAUGUUUUCUUCACGUCAGAUAUAUCUCCCUUAUUUUUUUCUUUUUCCUCUGCGCUUUAAUUUCUCUUUCAUUUGGAUUCCUGCGAGUGUGAACUGAUGUGCAGAAGCUCUUGCACUUUGAAUGACUGAAAUACACAGAAGUUGAAAGGCAGUCACAGCCUGGGACUUUGAGGCCGGCACGAGUUAAAAGUCUUUUCGUUGAAGAAACACUAGGCACUUCUUUUUGCAGCAGAACGAUUUAUUUACCUUCAAUAACCUGAUCGCCAUGCUGGAUUUGAGCUCAUGCAUUCACAUUGGCCCCGCCCCUUUUGGAUCUCCUCCAAACGGUCGUGGUGUGGAGAAUCAAGCCACCCGACUGGACCGCGCACGGCGUGCUUGCUUGGGUCUGAGAGAAGUGCUUCAACUCAGACUUCAGCAGAGGAGGACUCGAGAAGAACUUGUUAACCAAGGGAUCAUGCCACCACUGAAAAGUUCUGCUUCCUUUCACGAACAAAGACGAAGUUUAGAGCGAGCCAGGACUGAGGACUACCUGAAGAGAAAGAUCCGUAGUCGUCCAGAAAGAUCUGAGCUGGUCAGGAUGCACAUUUUAGAAGAGACAUCGGCUGAGCCAUCUCUUCAAGCCAAGCAACUUCUGCUAAAACGUGCCCGUCUGGCCGAUGACCUGAAUGAUAAAAUCUCCCAGCGGCCCGGACCAAUGGAGCUCAUUCACAAAAACAUCCUUCCGGUACACAGCAGCCUCAAACAAGCCAUCAUAGAUACCCAGUUUUCAAAAGUCGAGAGCUCAUCGUUCGACGAAGAAAGCAGUGAUGCAUUCUCACCUGACCAAAUAGUCUGUCAGGACUCUCCUCCUGGCUCCACCCCCUUACCGUCUCCACCUGCAAUACCUGCCAGUGAAACCACACCCAAAAAGGUCCCGCCUGCUCCUCCUCCACCUCCACUGCCAAACACAGCUGGCCCCGCCCCUCAGCAGAAACUGGCCAAUGGUACCACAGGCCAAAAGCAAGCUCCUGCACUGCAAAAGGGUGGUAAAGCGUCUAGCGAGCGGCCUAUUCAGCGCUCUAAAAAGGUGAAGGACAAUAAGCCAAAGGUAAAGAAGCUGAAAUACCAUCAGUACGUUCCUCCGGAUCAGAAACCCGAGCGUGAUCCUCCACCAAUGCUCGACUCCUCCUACGCCAAACUCCUCUAUCAGCAACAACUCUUCCUUCAGCUGCAGAUCAUCAACCAACAGCAGCAAAACUACAACUACCCAACCAUCCUACCAGCACCGCCCAAGCCUCCAGCCGACCAACAGCCUUCUUCAGCCAAUGGCUCUUCACCAUCCAGGAAUGCCCCGCCCCCUCAAUUAACAUCCACUACUUUCCACCUUACCACAAAAUUUGGGCCUCUGCCUCCCAACUUGGAUGAGCUUAAGGUGGCAGAGCUGAAGCAGGAGCUGAAACUGCGUGGCUUGACCGUAUCCGGAACCAAAAAUGACCUUAUCGAACGGCUGAAGAACUUUGAGGAACAGAACGGUGGAAAUAUGCCAACAUAUUCAAGCAGCAACACAACACAACAGCAACCAGGCCCACCCUCAGGCACGGUCCCUGCCGUGGGAGGUGCCUCUUCCCCUCGGCAAUCAACAGACGGCAAUACGGUGGCUUUUUCGAUCCCAUUGGCUGCCACUGCAGAACAGGGCAGGACUAGGGCGACAGCUCCGCAGAUGAUGCCGUUUGGCAGCACUAGCUCCUCCCCUCCCGUUUCGCCCACUCACUCUGAGCGCUCAUUGGCCGGGAUGAGUCCAGAUGAAAUGAGCUGUAAUGGGGAUGCUUUUGGUGAAAUGGUGACGUCUCCUCUUACCCAGCUCACCUUGCAGCCCUCUUCCCCUUUCACCACAACAGUCCGCAUUAAGGAGGAGCCCAACAGCCAGGCACCUCGGUCCUCCUGUUGUCUGGCAUCCCCUACAGCGCCCCCUGUAGACAAGGACCGGAUGCUGCAGGAGAAGGACCGGCGCAUUCAGCAGCUCACACGCAUGCUGUUGCAGAAGCAGCAGCUGGUGGAGUCUCUCCGCUCACAGCUGGAGGGCAAACCGGUCCGAGUGAAAGAGGAAUCUGCUGAUGUCAGUAUUGAGAUGGUCACAGCCGCUGUGAAAGAAGAGGUCAUAGAGGUGCAGGAAGAGAGUGAGAUGGCGACAGAGCCUCAGGCCCUCCCGCAGGCAGCGCAGGCGCAGAUGCAGGCGCAGCUGCUGCAGCAGAGGAUGGAGCAGGACCGGCAGCAGCAGCUCGUAAUGCAACAGAAUCAGCGUAACCUGCAGCAACAAGCGCAUCAGAGGAAGAGGAAAACAAACAAACAUCCCAACCAGAUACAGGCCAAACCGCAUCUGCAAAAACAACAGGUGUCUCAGUCUGACACUAACCAGCAGUCAAGUCGCGUUUCUUCAGUCACAUUGGAUGUACCUAAAUCUAACUCCGCCCCCACAAUUGUGAUGGACAGUAAUGGCAACCAGUUCCUGCUAACUCUGUCAAAUCAAAACACAGAGACACCAACCCGAGGACAACCCAAGAGCAAAACGACCAAUCAUAUCACGCUUCAGAGACUACAGUCCACACCUAUCAGGCCACCCAGCCAAUCAGUCACUGAAUUGCCUAAUAACAAUAACCAAUCCGAACGGCCCAUACAAACCGUCAUUUUGAAGCAGCCAAUCAAAAAGGCACUAAAGCCGGAUCUUAAAGUGACAUACAAUUACAAAAUGUCAAACUCUGCAUCCAUCUCAACGUCAUCCAAUUUCCAGACCUCCAUUUCUCCGAUGGAUUCCACAACCAACACCAGACCCUCAUCUCCAAACAACAACAAUGAAAUGAUGUGUCAGGACCAGCAAGCCUUGCUCUCUUCUCCGACCUCCAGCUUGUGUUCUCCCAGUCCCAAUGGUCACCAGGAAAAUGGCUGUAACCAGCAGGUCGAUGACCUGUUUGACAUCCUAAUUCAGCGUGGAGACAUAUCAGAAAAUUUCAAAUCCACGCCUGAUCCCGUUCUCGAACGUCUUCGCCCAAAUACGCCUCUUUCAUUAAGCCCCUUUCCUCAUACCGUCUCCGCCCCUCCCUCUGAUCUUCCCCUCAAAACUUGGAUUUUAGAACCUCAACCUCCGUCUAAUACCCACGCCAACCGUGAGACGGGAAGCGGCCGUCUUGAAGAUUUCCUGGAAAGCACUACUGGCAAACCAUUGCUGGGUGUGGAGCCAGGAGGACCCAUGACGCUAAUCGUGGAUCUCCACAACCAAAUGCUCAGCACACCGAGUAUCCUCGACCACCCUUGUUCGCCAAUGGAUACGUGUGACCUGAAUUUCAAUAGUCAUCCGGUGUCAGACUCCAUUCCUGACAGUAUGGAUUGGCUAGAUUUUGGAAUGGGUGGUGUUGGAGGGGAGGGGCCAGGGAUGAUGAACCUGAACGGACACGCCCCCUCUAGCUUAUUUUCGGCAGACUUUCUGGACACUUCGGAUCUUAAUUGGUCCACCUUUUAGCUUGUGAGGUUUUCUUGGAUGCCAGUCUGAGCCACUUCACUUAAAAAGGUUUUAUAAUUGUUUCCAGCAUUGACUUAUCUAGUUCAGAACAACAGAUUCUUUUUAGAAUUAGAUAAGAUACUUGCUACGUUUCCUUAACCCUAACCUCGCCAAAAACCAAAAAUAUGCGCACACACACGUACGUCUCAAAGAUGUUUAUUCUAUAUUUAUUUGAUCUGAAAGAUAGCAUUUGUUCAUCUGCUGUAAUUCACUAAAAUGUUUCCUAUAUUCAGCAGAUGCUGUUGUGACACUCUCCAGAUGAAACACUCUUUCACAAAUGUCUCUGCGACAUACGUGUGGUUACUGGUAGUCACAAAAAAACAAGCAAUCUGUUUCUUAAUAGUAAAUGCACAUACAGUUUCUUUUUUAUGGCAACUAAAUAUAAAAUGUUGUCAUUUUAGAUGCUGAAGCAUCUUUUUCAGCUCGCUUUACCAAAUAUAUCUGGUCAACCAAUGCAUAUUCUGCGCACAGAUAUCUGUAUCUGUCUGUAUAUUACUAUUUAUAGUAUUUUACCCUUUCACAUCGCAAAAAUAAGCCAACUUUUUCCAUGUUUAAGUGCUAUAAUUGGGUCACCAGUGCUUCUAUCAACCUUGAAAAUGUAAAAAACAUCAAACCUGUAACGUUGUUUUAGUAAACUAUUUUCUGCAAGCAUGUUAAAAAAUAGGUCAUUGAAAUUUGGCUCCCCUUGUGAUGUCAGAAAGGGGUCUUAUUAUAAUAAUAAUAAUACCACCUCUUAAUCUGCAACUAUCCAACCACAGCACUGCUAUUUAAUGCAAAGAGAAAAAGAGACGGAAAAAAUGACAGCACAAUUGAGUUUCAAUUGCAACAAACUGGCGAUUAGUGUUUGCACUUCAUCAGCUCAUUUGCAUUUUAAAGGACACACCCAAAAAUGGCACAUUUUAAUAUAUAAAGUGACAAUUUUAACAUGCUAUAAUAAAUUAUCUAUAUGGUAUUUUUAGCUAAAACUUCAAAUACGUACUCUGGGGACACCAAAAAUGUAUUUUACAUCUUAAAAAAAUAUUGUGAAAUGUCCCCUUUAAAAGUGUCUAGAAUUAAUUAUUUAAUUAACCAUUAAGUAUUAUAUUUUUAUACUAAAAUAUAUGACUAAAGUCUCAUUGCAUCCUUUUAUGUAGAAAGUGUUUGCAGUAUUAACCGAUGAUGACAAUAUCUUUAAACUUUUAAAUUAUUCAGCUAACCUAGCAAGUUGUUUUAUUUGUGGCAUUGUAUUCUAUUUUAGUAUCCAAACAUCAGUGAGAAGAAGAAAAAUAGUACUUAAUACAUAAAAAUUUAAAUAUCAAUCGGCAUAUGCAAUGGACAGCUGUUGUCUUUAGUAGCUUCAUUGAUAGUUCAUUAAGCAUACAAAAAACUGAACCAGAAGCGAUGUGACAUGUUUUGCAGAAUACAGAAGUUUGUUGCGCAAAUUCCUCAUUACCAUUCAGAUAUAGUGAAAAAAAUUUUUAGUGACCUGCCGAUUUUGUUGUUAUUCGGUUUACCUAUGAUACUGUAAGAAGAAAACUUAACAGCUUUAUGUAUCCACAGUUAAAUUCGGAGUAUAGUCUGUUUUUUACGUGAAUGCGCAAGUACGUUGCACAGUCGAAAGCACAUCCAUGCAAAGCAUAGUUUAUUUGACUCGUACGUGUAUGCAGAGGACACUACAUAAGUAUUUUAGUUAGAUAAGAGUAUUUGUCUUGGGAAAAAGUUUACUUUACUUUAUAAAAAAAUGUACACUACAUUCUAAAGCAUAGAUUCAUACUGUGUAUUCCUUUUAUAUUGCAUAUUAAAAUUGAUUUAAUACCUAAUUACAUAAAAUUGUGUACUUUUACUUUUCUUGAGUAAAAGUACGAAAGUACUUUUUCCUUGAGUAAAAGUAAAAAUGUACUAGAUGUUUAAUGUACUUAAAUAUUAAAUAUAAACCAAAAACUUGAAAUUAUCAAAUGUAGUGGAGUAAAAAUUAUGAUAAUAUGCUUUGUAAUGUAUGUUUUCCGAAGAAAAACACUGAUAAAAUACAAAUACUUGCACUUUUAUGUAGAAAGUAAAAUACUUAAGUAGUGUCUAUCUCUGCGUGUAUGCAGACGUUUGACGCGUGCGCAUUGCGACAAAAUACAGCGCAUUUACCACAUGCACAGGUUUGAAAAAUCCAGCGCUGCGCACUCUUCUGAUGAUGAAUUGCGUUACGCGUGCUGUACGCAGACUCUUGCAUACGCGUAAAAAGUGGACCAUACUACUGCCUUUACCCAUUUUGUACAGUAGAGGUGCUGGAGAUGUUAUUUUAAGUACCGUAUAGAUCUGAGAUGUGAUACUGUAGAUUUAUCAGUUGUAUAUUAACAAUGAUGAACAGUAUAACACAAUAUCAAUAUGCUGUAUGCAUUUUUUUGUUUUAGAUAUAUGGACUUAUGUCACAACUGUAAAGACCGUUUAUAUUUUGUUGCUAAGAGAAACAUGGACAGUUUUUGUUAAUGGUAGUACUUUCGAUCACCAUAUAUAGCUGCCAAACACAGUAAUUAUUACAAACUUGCAUUUGUGCAAGAUCAAACAAAGUUAGGUGUUCAACUCUAAACGAAACUUGGGUGUUUUUCAUGCCAAGUUUUUUAGAAAUGAUUGCCAAAUCUUAUAAAUGUAAGGGAGGUUUAUCAAACCUAAAGAGGUUUAUUGCUCAACUACCUAAUGUGUAGAAAACAUCAAAUGAAGUUUUAUAUUUGAGUGUACUUGUUCUCAAAGGGGAGAAGUUGCCUGCACCUUUCAAAACGUUUUUAUUUUAUUUCGCUUUAUAAUGAGACUUUUUGUUGUAUUGUAUUGUAAAUAUUCUCCACUGUAUAUGAAUCUACAUGUUAUCUAUAUGCCUAUCACAGUACAUAUGUACUGCACUGUAUUUUGUCAAUACUCCUGUCUUUAAGUGGAGUUUUGAUUUGUAGUAAUUAUGAAUGUUUCUGAGAUGAUCUGAAUGUAUAAAUUUUACUGUAUAGAAGAUAUUUGCCAGAUAUAAUGAAGCGUAAUCGCAAACAAAUCAAUAAGCAGUUUUUGCAUUUUAAGGACUCAUAGACACUUGCAUAUAUUAUUGCUGUUACUCUGAAAGCUAUUAAUGCGCUGCUUGAAUGUACAUUUUUGUAUUGUUGCAUAUCAGCUCAGGAACCUACAGAUUGUACUGUGCGUGCGUGCGCGUGUGCAUGUGUGUAUAUAUAUGUGUGUGUGUGUGUGAGAAAGAGAUGUAAUUUGGGAGAAACAGCAUUAUUGUCUGCAGUAUGCACCGUCCAUCUGUCUGAAUAUGUUCUUGCAGGGCUUUGGCUUGUACUUCAUGUGGUUGAGCCCAAACUCAACUUCGCAUCCACAGGGUCCUCAGGCCAACACCCCCUGUAGUAAAGACUAAAUAUCAACAUUGGAUAAUUGUGUUACUGGAUGGGGCUUGAGAGCCUUUCAGGGUCUAAACUUAUGGUUUUUGUUUUUGGAGAAUAAAUAAACAUUAAUACAUUUAAAAGAAA